CGAGCGAGCAAGGUGGGUGGGGCCACUUCCUGCAGAGAUGCUGCCCCACUGCCUCCUGAUUGUGGUAGGCUGCUAGUGCCAGGAUUUGCAAAGGGAAGACCAGUAGCACUCAGCUAUUCGGUGUGGGACGGUCUCCACAAGGUUUUGGCCUUGUCCUCCAUCUGCAUCAUGGCAUAGAGGCACCUCCAUGAGCUGUUCCAUUGCUUGAGAUCUCAAGGAAAGGCAUUGAAUUGAUUUAUUUCCUCCUCCGUGUAUGGUGAGUUCCUUGCAGACUACAGCAGGGAGGAGACAGCAAAAGGACGUACAGGAAGCAACUGUUAUCUGCAACAUGACUUAGAGAAAAAUAGCCAAGCUUUUGGGAGUGUUUUUGUGCACCAACUGUGGAGCCGAGUAUCUUCCGGAAAGGAAACACCAGGAAUUGCCAGCCGAGGCUGGUGUGACUAUUCUUACAUUCUGUGUUGUGCAUCGUGAAGAGUGGGUGGAGGGGUGGAGUGAAGACUGCUCGUUAUAGCAACACCUUUUACUAACUAGGAAGGGUUUUCACUCUUCUGCCAGGGUGGAGACAAUGGCAUGGCCCUGUAUUACCAGGGCGUGCUGCAUCGCCCGGUUCUGGAACAACCUGGAUAAGGGUGAUAUCGCAGUGCCAUUGGUGUUUUCCAAGUACUCCGAGGUCACUGAAGGAAGUCAACAGUACCACGCUCACCUCCAACAGCCGCAAGCCCGCUCCAGUUCAACCACCGUUGAGUUACUGCCGGCUGGUAUAGUAACCGAUCAUGGUGACCACUCCUGGCCCACUAGAGACAAACCCCAAGAGCCUGGGAUCGGCCAAGCCAAGGAGUCAUCGGGCUCUGUUAUGCGUCAGGAUUACAAGGCCUGGAAAGUGAAUCCGGGGGUUAGCUGCAAACCCAAAACCGAGUACCAUCAGUCCGAAAUUCCUUUUAAACAGGAAACGCAGUACCAGAAAGAUUACAAGGCCUGGCCUAUACCUCGCCGCGGUGAUCAUCCCUGGAUUCCUAAACCCUCUCCAGGCCUCACUGCCCCAACAGCUUCCAGUGAGGCCAAGAAAAAGAAACCACCAACAGCCUUGCCAGUGAAAAACAUUGAAGAGUCAGUUCAAGUGGAUGCUUCGGAACCAGCGGUGUCGAAAGUCAAGACUUCCGUCACUUUUAGCAGCGCGGCCGACAUACAGUCAACUUCUAAGGAGACCAAAGAGACCAAGUCCAGAGAGAAGUCUCCUUCUGAAAGGCGGCACAUGGAAGGUUUGAGAUCUAGAGAUGCAGCUGAUAUACUCAACCAGCAAAUCAAAGAAGAAGGAGACGUUGCUUCCUCAUACAGCAGGAAUGAGUUCAGAGCCUGGACAGAUGUGAAGCCAGCGAAAGCAAUGAAGGCCAAGGUCCAGUACAAGCCUCCAGAAGCGAGGGUAGCCCUGGAAACCAGUUACAAUUCCCAGUUCAAGGGGGAAUGCAACCUGCACGUAACCAGUAACAACAAGCUGAUGGAGCGCAGGAGAAUACGAAGUCUAUACAGUGAGCCCAGCAACAAGGAACCAAUAAAGGUGGAGAAGCCGAGCGUUCAGCCCUCCAAACCAAAAAAGACCACCCCAAGCCAUAAACCUGUGAAAAAGGCCAAAGACAAGCAGAUUACCCCGGGGCGAGCCACCAAGAAGAAGGUUGGCGAGACCACCUCCACCACCAAGCCGGAUGACAAGGAGAAGAGCAAAGAGAUGAAUAAUAAGCUGGCCGAAGCAAAAGAGUAAUUUAAUAGCACUUACUACUACUACUACCGUAUUAUUUUUACCGAGGCCACAGAAUAUGUUGGAGAUUGCUUAUGCUUUGAUUGUAUUCUAGAGUUCUCGUUCCUCUCUCUUUCUCUCUCUCUCUCUCUCUUUCUCCGUCUUCACUCGGUUGCCCGCACUUUUUCCGACACUGACCCGUUUCUAAAGGUUUUAUUUUGUCGUACGAUCAAAAUGUGAGAAUGGUCAAUUCUAUAUGUGCUCACGGUGCUACAAAUCAGAAUGUAUCGUUCCACGUGACGAUUCGCCUUCCCCGUCAUGUCCCUAAACUCCCGUGUGUGGUAACUUGGUGUAACAUGUACUCAGUGGUUGAAAGUUGAUAGUUGAUAGCGUCUAUGUAGUAGGACCGG